AUGAAGACCGCAGUCAUUCUCUGCGCCCUCGUCGGUGGAAUGGUCAGCCUUGCUACGGCUACUCCCCAGACUGCGGCAGGGCCCAGGGCAGACAUCGACACUCUCGGUUCAGUCGGCGACGCCGUGGCUACCACCUGCGAUGAGUGCUCCAAGCGUUACAAGCACUGCAUUGAUCUUGCCUUUGUCCCAGGGCUUCCGAAUUGCGAACGUAUCUGCAAGAACCGCGUCAUGCGAGGGGACGGUGCUUGCAAGUCCUGCGGUGACAGCUUCUAUCCAGGUUUUCCACGUACCACUCCCCCGAUCAAGUACGAGCGGACGUGA